CAUUCUUAUAUAUCCUUUAUUGGUGAGAUAUUUUGAGAAACGUGGAGAAAACAUUGAUGUUGCCAGUAAAAAGACAAAAUCAAUUCGAAUUUUUAUUCUAAUAACGCUUUCUAUAUUAUUGAGUGUCGGUGUGGUAAUUCAAACUCCUAAUGCUAUGGCAUUUGUUUCUGAAAGAUUUGGUGUUUAUGACUCUUUUAUUUUUAUUUAUCCGCCUUUUGACUGGCUACCUCUUGUAAUUUAUGGUGUUGCCUUUGCUUUAUUCAUGUCACGGCAUGCCAACGACACAUCAUAUAAUAUUCGUCUCAAUAUGAAAGCAGCUUUUAUACUUCAUGCACUUUUUCUCUUAAUUCGAAUUCCUGGAAAAUUUGGAAACAUAAAUCCUGAACUUUUACCA